ACUUGCACGGUGAGGGACGCCGUGGAGGAGAAAGAAAAACGUAGUGGACAAAACACAAUGGCGACAGCGGCAACUGGAGCUGGCGGAACGGGUUCGAGUGGACCGGCGACCGGUCCAGUGGGCGGCGGCGCUGCCGUGGGUCGAAAGAAGGACGGGGGCCCGUCUUCGAAAUUCUGGGAGAGUUCUGAAACGGUAUCUCAGCUGGAGACAGUUCGGUUGUGGAUCGCCAAGCACUACAAAAAGCAUGUCCAGAACGACUCUCCCUCAAGCAAGUCGCUGGCCGGCCUGGUCGUCCAGUUGCUGCAGUUCCAGGAGGAUGCCUUUGGUCGAAGGGUCAACAACCCCGCCCUCACCAAGUUACCGACCAAGAGUUUCCUGGAUCUUAAGGCCGGUGGUGCUCUUUGUCACAUCUUGGGCUCGGUUUACAAGUUCAAGAGUGAGCAGGGCUGGCGUAGGUUUGAUCUCCAGAACCCCUCCAGGAUGGACCGUAACGUGGAGAUGUUUCUUAACGUGGAGAAGUCCCUGGUUCAGAAUAACUGUCUGACUCGACCAACGGUCUUCCUGUCCACCGACAUGGAACAGAAGCAAGCCAAUAAGCUCAAAGACAUCAUCAAGAGGCACCAGGGCUCCAUCACUGAGGAUAAGUCGAAGGCAACCCACCACAUUUACCCCUCUCCUACCCAGCAAGAAGAUGAGGAGUGGCUUCGUCCAGUCAUGCGCAAGGACAAGCAAGUGCUGGUGCACUGGGGCAUGUCCCCCGACAGCUAUGACACCUGGGUGGCCGUCGGCGAGGUGGACGGAGACGUGGAGGACCCCCCGAGCGCAGAGAGACCCUGGAAGGUCCACGCCAAGUGGGUGCUGGACACAGAUGCCUACAACGAGUGGAUGAACGAGGAGGACUAUGAGGUGGACGAGAGCAAGAAGCCUGUCAGCUUCCGCCAGAGGAUCUUCCCCCGGGAGGAAGAAUCUUCCCGUACGCCCGACCGCAAGGAGCGCAAGGCCAACUCUGCCGGCAAGAAGAGACGCCGCUCUCCCUCCCCGCCAACCACCCCUGCAGAGUCCCGCAAGAAGGGAGGAAAGAAGGGGAACCCCGGGGCUCACUGGAAGCGGCGCAGCCACCGCGGGGGGGAGGAGGACGACACGGAGGAGGACCUGAGCAAAGACCUGGACGACUCCUCCACCAACCCCACCCUGGACGAGACCAGUGGCACCAAGAACGAUGACAUGGAGGACGACUCAGUUCUGUCAGGUGGAAAGGAGGACGAGGAGCAGAGCAAGGCGGAGGUCAACCGACUGAUGGACUCCGAGGACAACGUCACAGAGCAGACUCACCACAUCAUCAUCCCCAGUUACGCCGCCUGGUUUGACUACAACUGUAUCCAUGAAAUUGAGAGACGAGCCCUGCCAGAGUUUUUCAACGGGAAGAACAAGUCGAAAUCCCCAGAGAUAUACCUGGCCUACCGCAACUUCAUGAUCGACACGUACCGCCUCAACCCCCAGGAGUACCUCACAUCGACCUCCUGCCGCCGCAACCUGACGGGGGACGUCUGCGCCGUCAUGAGGGUGCAUGCGUUCCUGGAGCAGUGGGGUCUGGUGAACUACCAGGUGGACUCUGAGAGCCGCCCGCUCCCCAUGGGUCCGCCCCCAACCCCCCACUUCAACGUCCUGGCCGACACCCCCUCGGGACUUAUCCCCCUCCACCACAGACCCCCGCAGAUUCCUCCAGCUCAGCCCAUCAUGAACUUCUCGGAGAAGAACAAAGACAAACCCACCGAUAUGCAGAACUUUGGCCUGCGCCCCGACCUGUACGCCAAGAAAAACCUCAAGGGCAAGGGACCCACCUCCGGCCGGGAGUGGAGCGAACAGGAGACCCUGCUCCUCCUGGAGGCGCUGGAGAUGUACAAGGACGACUGGAACAAGGUGUCGGAGCACGUGGGCUCCAGGACCCAGGACGAGUGCAUCCUGCACUUCCUGCGGCUGCCCAUCGAGGACCCCUACCUGGAGAGCACGGAGGCCACCCUGGGCCCCCUGGCCUAUCAGCCGGUGCCCUUCAGCCAGUCGGGGAACCCCGUCAUGAGCACCGUGGCCUUCCUGGCCUCCGUGGUGGACCCCCGCGUGGCCUCGGCCGCCGCAAAGGCAGCGCUCGAGGAGUUCUCGCGUGUGCGUGAGGAGGUGCCGGCCGAGCUGGUGGAGGCGCACGUGAAGAAGGUGCAGGAGGCGGCCAGGAGCACCGGCAAGGUGGACCCCGCCUUCGGCCUGGAGAGCAGCGGAAUCGCCGGCACUGCCCCGGAGGAACCGGAGAAAACCGAGAGCCAGGAAGCAGAGAAGAUGGAUACCGACUCCGACUCGCAGCAGGGGGAUAAGGCGGAGUCCAAGGACGAGGCAGAGAAGCCCAGCGAGUCCGCCGAGAAGAGGGACGACAAGGCGGAGGGCGGGGAGAAGGUGAAGAAGGAGGCGGGCGAGGCCACGGAGCGCCCGGAGCCAGAGGCCGAGGGGGCGGAGGUCAAGGCCGCCGGCGCCGCAGACAAAGACAGCGAGGAGGCCAUGGAGACGUCGUCCGAGAAGGGGAAGGGGAAGGAGAAGGAGGAGAAGAGUCGAGAGGAGGAGGAGGACGACGAUGAGGAGGAGAAGGGCGAGGGAGAUGAGGAGGAGGAGGAGGAUGAGAAGAAGAAGCUGGAGCUGGAUGUCGGAGAGGGGAACAUCGCCACCGCUGCGGCUGCCGCGCUGGCCUCAGCCGCCACCAAAGCCAAGCACCUGGCCGCGGUUGAGGAGAGGAAGAUCAAGUCCCUGGUGGCCCUGCUGGUGGAGACUCAGAUGAAGAAGCUGGAGAUCAAGCUGAGGCACUUUGAGGAGCUGGAGACCAUUAUGGACCGCGAGAAGGAGGCCUUGGAGCUGCAGAGGCAGCAGCUGCUGACGGAGCGGCAGUCCUUCCACAUGGAGCAGCUCAAGUACGCUGAGAUGAAGGCCCGCCAGCAGAUGGAGCAGCAGGCUGCAGCCGCCGCCGCUCAGGGCCAGGGCCCCGGGCACCACGGGGGACCCCCGCCCGCCAUGCACUCCGGAUACCCCCCCAUGGGCCAUCACGCCAUCGGCCCCCACCACCCUGCAGGACCAAUGGGACCAGGGCCCGUCCAAGGGCGUAUGAUGUCCGGGCCCCCACCUGGCGGCCCCCCACCAGGCAGCAUGCCACCCAUGAUGGGCCCCCGGCACCCAGGUGCACCCAAUGGCAUGUAUCCAGGACCGUCGGGUGAUGGGAUAGUGGCAGUCCCCACAGGUCCUCCAGCGCCCCCUGCUGCACGGGUGGCAGAUAACUAGGACACUCAAACACAUGCAUACACUCACACUCACUCUCACUAACUAUCUGAUGCGAAUAAUGGCCUUCCUUCCUGACUAAAAAUAUUUCUUUCCCACUCCUCAAAAAUGACGAUAGCUUCUUAUUUUAGACACACAUUUACUCUCAUACACACACACACACACACACACACACACACACACACACACACACACACACACACACACACACACACACACACACACACACACACACACACACACACACACACAG